AUAGUGAAACUGAUUUCAACUACACAGAGAACAGACUUAUCUUAGUACCUGCUCCAUGAAAUCCUCCACAGAGGUAGAGUUUCCCUUCCACGGAGCCGGCGCUGGUGGAGUUUGUUCGUAAGGAGAGGAGGGGAGAAGGCAUCAGGGGUCCAUCCCUCCAGAAGUCUCCAUCAGGGUUGUAAAUCUCCACUGCAUCAAGACAUUUCCGUGUCUGUCCUCUGUCAUGACCAAGGCACCCAAUUCCUCCUGCAAAAGACACCCAGCUCCAGAAGUUUGUGAGAAAGUAAACUCAAAGUAGAAGCUGCUGCACAUUAUCUGCAGACAUCAAAGCAAGAUCCUCUCUGAAGCCUUGUAUCAAAAGAAGGACAAGCAGCAUGUCUUCAAAAGGCAAAGGUCACUCUGCCAGAAUGCCAGAGGAAAGUUCGCCAAAGCGGAGUCCUCAAAACAUCCCGUACAAGGACCUGCCCCACAUCGUCAACGCUGAUGGGCAGCAUCUCUUCUGCAGGUAUUGGAAGCCAGCAGCAACUCCCAGGGCCCUCGUGUUCAUCGCUCAUGGCGCUGGGGAGCACUGCGGCCGCUAUGAUGACUUGGCUCAGAAGCUGACAGGACUUAACUUGUUUGUUUUUGCCCAUGACCAUGUUGGCCAUGGGCAGAGCGAGGGCGAUCGUAUGGUUGUCUCCGAUUUCCACGUCUUCAUCAGGGACAGCUUACAGCACAUUGAUCUCAUGAAGAAAGAGCACCCCGAGCUGCCCAUUCUCAUCCUGGGGCACUCCAUGGGGGGAGCCAUCUCCAUCCUGACAGCCAGCGAGAGACCCAGUGAGUUUUCAGGCAUGCUGUUAAUCUCCCCUUUAGUGGUAGCCAGCCCAGAAGUCGCCACUCCCAUCAAGGUUUUUGCAGCGAAAGUGCUCAACUUGGUUCUCCCAAACCUGUCUCUGGGAUCGAUAGAUCCAAAUGCAAUUUCCCGGAACAAGAAGGAGAUGGAGUCCUACACAUCUGAUCCCUUGGUCUACCACGGUGGCAUGAAGGUCUCCUUUGUCAUCCAGCUGAUGAAUGCCAUUGCCAGAAUUGAGCGAGCUCUGCCCAAGCUGACUUUGCCCAUCCUGGUGCUACACGGCUCUUCUGACAAGCUCUGCGACAUCAAAGGGUCCUAUUUCCUGAUGGAAACAGUGCAAAGUCAGGACAAAACGCUCAAGGUCUAUGAGGAAGCCUACCAUGCCCUCCACAAAGAGCUGCCCGAGGUCUCUACCUCUGUCUUCACAGAAAUACUAACAUGGAUUGGCCAGAAGGUCUCGGCCGCUGGGGAAGCCAGCCAGGCCUAAGAGCAGUUGGGUUUGCAGCUCUCGCUGAGGUUUUCUGGGAGUAGAUGCUUUCCUUAAUAGAAGUCUCUCUUCAGAAGACCUACAUUGGAGGGACUCUUGGGAUGUUUUAUCAUGCACAGCUAAGGGAGGGUGGGGGGAGAGGCACCGGGUGGGGCAUCAUUUGCUGAUGUAAAUGGCCACGGCCCUAAUCUGGAGGGGAAUGGAUGCUGUGGGAGCAGCCCUCGGAGCUUCCCAGGUUCGGUGUCUCCACUGAAAUGCUCCUCACCCACCAACCUUCCCCCACCGCUUCCCCUUCUCUGCUUUCGCUGGGUGACAGGGGUGUAUUUAUACUGCAAUAACUUUUGGUAUGUUAAAGAAGUCACUAUCUUCCACUUCAUGGUUUGAUUCCAGGUGCAUACAGUCCCUUCCCCAUCCCCACCAUCCAGUACCUUAAAAGCCAUGGUCCUUGAGAGGAGAGCAGCACCCAAGGUGCUGGGUCACGAGGAGAGGCUGAGGCGGAGCUGACGGCUCCCCAAAGGUGGAAGGCUGCUUUCCAAGGUUAGAUCCCUUUGGAUGCUGCCUUUACCAGGAGCCCAGGCCAGGGGGAGCCCAAAGGCAGCCUCCCCACUGCCCUGCACGUCCUCUGCGAGUUUGCACUGGGGAAAGGCAUUGAACAGCUCUUUAGUUUUAAUCGUCAGAGCAGGAUCCCAGAGGGGAGAGGAGGAAUGUGGGAUCAACCCCACUUGGCACACUCAAAACGCAGGCUUUCCCCCAUGCCAAACCUCGUCUCCUCUGCACAAUGAACUAUUCUGUAAAUAUUUCAUGGGGCUGCUUUUUCUCCCUUAUUCCCCCCCCCCCCUUCUUUUCUUUUGGAAUUAAUCACUUGCGCUACUGAAGCUGAAAGAGCAAAGUCAAAGUUAUAAGAGAAUAGAGUAAUAUAAUAUAUGAUGUAUAUAGAACUGGGAGCUGGGAAGGAAUGAGAGGAGAGUCUAAAGAAGGAGUUAAUUGUUCUUUCUCUUGGCAAGGAAUAAUGUUGUCCUACCAGGAUCCAAUCCUUUCACCAUAACUUUACAGUCAUAAUCUGUUGUUUUCCUUCAUCAGUUGGAAAAUGUCCUGAAAAUAAUGCUGGAGAGAAGUGCAGAGCAUCUGGUGGGUAGGGAUUAGCAGUGGGUGUCCUCAUGGUCCACCGGUUGAGCAGGAGCUCCACAGCAGGAGCAGAGAUCCCAUCCAAGCUCAUCCCCAUCUCCUCCUGAGCAGCACAACCCCCUCUGGGGCAGAUCGCUGAGCAGAGGGGCCGAGCUCACCCCUUCAGGCAAGGUGGGGAGCUGGAGGCAGAGCAUAGGGUGCAACCAUCCAUCCAACAUCUGCCUUGCUGCACUGGGGGCAUCAGUGUAUGAGCUGCCAGAAAGGAGCUUGUGGACUGGUCCAGGGGUGCAGAGAAGCCAAAUCCUAAAGCUGCCUGGGUUUGUGGUCACAGCAGGGUGAAAGGAAAGACUUCAGGCUCUUUAUGGAGCAGAGGCAUCGUACUGAUACAGCAAAAGCUGCGCAGUGAUCACAGCGUGGCCAUGUGGGUCAGUUUGUCCAGGGUGAUGGCCCUAACUAUGAAUACACUUCUUGGCACCAGCCAAAGGGAAGGGGUUUAACCUGUGCCUCUCCCUCCAAUUCUGCAAGAAGAAAAUGCCUGUGAGUGUUGCACUAUGAGAGUGGGGCAUCUCCCCAGUGACAAAGCAGCCCCUCAUUGCCUUCCCUGGCAGCCUGGAUCCAUCAGCGUGUCCCAGGCUGCAUCCCUGGGACUGGAUGCCACCUGCAACAGUCACAGGGCAUUGCCCACCUUUUAUCCCUUUGAAACCAGUUCUGUAUAGAGUCAGGAAAGGGACCUCUGGGCAAUAAUAGCCAGAAUCAGGACUCGUUCCCAGCAUUGUGGGUGGACGAAGAAUGUGUGGAUGCAGGUUAUGUCCUUGGAAUUGCCCUAAGGGGCACCACGACAGGGAAGUUCUUCAUAGAGGUUGAUCCAGGCACUUUCCCACUUGUAUUUUCUUGUCUCUAAAGAGAGAAAUGAGCUGUAAUUCCCCCAGAAACACCAGCUUUUGAUUCAAAUAUGAUUCCAGUGCAAUCAGCUGCUCUCACCAACCCCUGCUAGCCACUGGUGACACUCGCUCCGGGCAGGAGGUGAUGCAGGUCCCCUGCUCUGCAUCCUCCAGCAGCCUGGCUUGUUGCACCUUUUUUCCCUGGGCAAGAUCCCUCCUUGCCAGAUGCUGCUGGGGAAAGAUGGCAGGAAGAGGAACGCUGUAGUGGUGAUAAACCUCACCUGCUCCUUCAGCUGGAAAGGGAACCAAGUAGGUGUGAUCCAGCGGUGACAGACGCUGCGGGGGUAGCAGCAAGAUGAGGAUGGGAUUCCUGAAAGCACUUUUCCAGAGGAUGUCGGGAGGAGUAAAUCAAUGCCCACAUCCUCCACAUCCCUUCCAUGCUGACAAGCACUUUGUUAGGGGGGAGGGAAGCGACCCUCCAGUAGGAAGGUCAGAGCCUGUGUGCUCCCUCCAACCUGGCUUCAGGCAGAGGGAAGCCGGUGGUCAGUGCCUUUGCUAAAACAUGUCCUUUCACCCAAGAAACAUCCGCAGCUCAGAGACAUAAAAGAGAAAUAGAAGGAAACUGAUUAGAUUGAUGUGGGGAAGACUUGUCCCUCUGUCCAGCUGAGCUCAGCUGUGGCGUGUGGCCGGGGGAAGCCGUUUGGAAACUGGGCUAACAAGCAAAAAGCUGAAAGAACAGCAAGGAAAAGUCCAAAUAAGCCCCAAGCCGUGGCACAGCAGCGGCUAUUGCCACCCUCAGCUAAGGGUUAUCUUCUGAGGACGUUAGCACAGGGAAACCUACCCAGAGGUAGCUCUCACUGCUGUUGCUGACCCCUUCCCCUGCCUAUAAGCCACUUUAUAUUGACCCUCUUUGGUUUCCCCAUGUCCCGGAGGGAUUCUUCCUUCUCUGACCAGAUUAGUACAGAGCAGAGCUGCUGCCAAGGGAACUGUGCUCACUGUUCUCAAGGGCAGGGACCAUCUGCAGGGAGCACAGCCGGCCUUAUGAAUGAUGCUGUGCAGAGCCCCGCCUGCCUUUGAGAAGAGGUGGCACACACGACUGAGCAAUAGCAACUACUGUACAUAUCACCUCUGUAGCACUGGGACCCUUCCCCACUGCCCAAACCCAUCACUCUUUCUAUUUAGCCUGUUCUUUUUAUACCACUCACCUUAGCACACUGCCAGCACAGACCCACGGAGAUGGCAUUUACUUUGCCAAGUGAUUUCUGAGCUUGUCUCUCUUGUCCCAUCGUGUUCCAGUUCAAUAAAUUACAUUUAUAUAUAUAUACAUAUAUAAAAACAUAUAUACAUACACAUGUAUUUUCAAUGGGAAAAAAAAACAUAUACAAGUUUAGGAUUCUUAAAGGAAUACAAUGUAUAUUGCAACUAAUAAUAAAGUUAUGUUUUCUGAACA